CGUAGCUAUAUUAGUAAGAAAGCGCUGCAGAAGUUGAAGCUGGGACUUAAAGUCCAAAAAUUGACAGACCCCAUAGUAAGUAUCCUCGCGGACAAUCGUACUAUGGUCGUAGAGGAGUAUGCAGAGGGAGUCCAGGCAUAUUUCCGCCUAGAGAAGGAUGGGAAAGUGGAGAAGGUCCUCCACUCCCUGACUCUCCUCGUAGAAGACAGCCUCCCAUUUGAUAUUGUCUUGGGAAUGGAUUGGGGAGAGGCAGCCGGGGCAACGCUCCAUCUGAAGGAGCACGAGUGUAGGCUCCCUAGUUCCUCAGGCGAGGCUAAGAUUGUCCGCCUGUUCCAUGUGUCAGGGGUAGAGAAUUCCUUGGCGCAUUGCUGCCUGAGUGCCCCCGCGUUCGCCAGAUUAGUGAAGAAGGAGAAAUUGAAUGAGCAGGUCUUUGUUGCCUAUGUGAGGCCAGUGACUGACCCUACGGAAGAAAAACCGAUGGACCCUGCGAUUGCCAAGCUGCUGGAAGAGUUCAAGGACCUAACCGAGCCGCCGAUAGGAGUGGUACCGCGGCCCAUCCAGCACCGUAUUGAGAUAGAGCCUGGCAGUAGGACUCCUAAGGGCGCUGUAUAUAGAAUGUCCCCACGGGAGUUAGAGGAGCUUCGCAAGCAGUUAGACGAGUUCCUCGAGAAGGGUUGGAUUAGGUCCAGUUCGUCCCCUUUCGGAGCGCCUGUUCUCUUUGUUCCUAAGAAAGAGGGAGAGCUGAGAAUGUGCAUAGACUAUAGGGCUUAUUACUACAGGAAGUUCGUGAGGAACUUCUCCACCAUCGCUGCGCCCCUUCGCAGAUUGUUGAGGAAGGAGACCAUCUGGAAGUGGGAUAAGGACUGCACGUCUGCCAUGAAGAAGUUAAAGCAGRCAUUAAUAGAGUAUCCAGUCCUUAAAGUCGCCGAUCCGUCCUUGCCUUUUGUCGUUACUACGGAUGCUAGCCAGUACGKCAUAGGCGCAGUGUUACAGCAAGACGAUGGCAAUGGCUAUAGACCCGUAGAGUUCAUGUCCGCCAGGAUGCCUUCAGASAAGGUCGYGACAUCUACCUACGWGAGGGAACUCUACGCUCUCARGMAAGCGUUAGACCACUGGAAGCAMUACUUGCUUGGGAGRCACUUCAAAGUCUAUUCUGACCAUGAAACGUUACGAUGGUUAAAGACGCAGGCCAAGAUGACACCUAAGCUUACUAGGUGGGCYGCAGAGAUAGAUCAGUACGACUUUGAGCUCAAGCCUGUCAAAGGGAAGUACAACAUAGUUGCGGAUGCUCUGAGUAGAAGAGCUGAUUAUUUUGGGGCAAUAGUACAUUACCUCGAUAUAGGAAAGGAUCUGCAGCAGCAGGUUAGAGAAGCCUACGCGCAGGACCCUAUCUAUGGUGAGCUCCUUAAGAAAGUCAAGGAGGCCCCAGAGACCGAGCCGAACUACCGCACUACUGAAGGGUUACUCUUCGAGAAGACUAAUGUCUUUGACCGGCUUUGCAUCCCCAAUAGCGAAGAGAUCCGUAGUCUAAUUCUGGGGGAAUGUCACGACACAGAGGGUCAUUUCGGUUGGCAAAAGACUUUGGCCAAUCUGAUGCGCCCGUAUACCUGGCCAGGGAUGAAGAAUGACUGCGUAGAGUAUGUUCGCAGUUGUAAGGUCUGCCAGGGUAACAAGAGUUCUACGCGAUCCCCGCUAGGUCUUCUCCGACCCUUGCCCAUUCCGGAUCAGGCGGGAGACUCAGUGUCAAUAGAUUUCAUGGACACUCAAGUCAAGAGCAGGCAUGGCAAGAACCAAGUCAUGGUCAUAGUUGACCGCUUUAGCAAGUACGCAGUUUUUGUUUCUUUGCCUUCUAAGGCGCGUACUGAUUUAGUCAUAAAGAGGUUCUUUGACUGGUGGGUUAGUGAGAAUGGAAUCCCGCUGUGUAUAGUUAGCGAUAGAGAUAGUCGCUUUACUAGCCAGAACUGGCAAGAACUCAUGGGGGUAUACGGAUUUAAGUUGUUGAUGUCGUCCGGCCGCCAUCCAGAGACUAACGGUCAGACAGAGCAAAUGAACAAGAUCCUGCAGCAAGUUCUGCGCAUGUAUAUUAGGCCAGAUCAGAUUAACUAGGAUGAGAUGUUGCCUAAAGUAACUAGUGCAUACAAUAACAGCGUGCAUCUAGCCACCUGCCGCACUUCCAACGAACUGCACAAGUCCUGUAGACCGCGCAGACCGUUUGAGGGACUUAACCGGGAUCAGUUUCAGAGAUUGCCGCUCGGGACCGGGAGUUUGCUGUACAACACGAAAAAGAACUAGCUACUGUUGUAGAAAACCUCAGGAAAGCCCAGCAUAGGAUGAUAAAACAAGCGAAUAAAC